CCCCACGACUCAGUCCCGCCUCUCGUGCGCAGUGCAAAGGGGCCCGCGGAACCCGCCUCUCUUUCCGGUGGGGAAGGGAAUACAAAGGCACCACCGGAAGCAAGGAAGGUGCUGUGUAAUCACUAAGAAGCUGCGGCACUUGCAUCUCCCAAAAUGCCGGAUUACCUCGGUGCCGAUCAGCGGAAAACCAAAGAGGAUGAGAAGGACGACAAACCCAUCCGAGCUCUGGAUGAGGGGGAUAUUGCCUUGCUGAAAACUUAUGGUCAGAGCACUUACUCUAGGCAGAUCAAGCAGGUUGAGGAUGAUAUUCAGCAACUUCUCAAGAAAAUCAAUGAGCUCACUGGCAUUAAAGAGUCUGACACUGGCCUGGCCCCACCAGCGCUUUGGGAUUUGGCCGCAGAUAAGCAAACGCUCCAGAGUGAACAGCCUUUACAGGUUGCAAGAUGUACAAAGAUAAUCAAUGCUGAUUCAGAGGAUCCAAAAUACAUUAUCAACGUGAAGCAGUUUGCCAAGUUUGUGGUGGACCUCAGUGAUCAGGUAGCACCUACUGACAUUGAAGAAGGGAUGAGAGUUGGUGUGGACAGAAAUAAAUACCAAAUUCACAUUCCACUGCCGCCUAAGAUCGACCCAACAGUUACCAUGAUGCAGGUGGAAGAAAAGCCUGAUGUCACAUAUAGUGAUGUUGGUGGCUGUAAGGAACAAAUUGAGAAAUUGCGAGAAGUAGUUGAAACCCCACUACUUCAUCCAGAGAGGUUUGUUAACCUUGGUAUUGAGCCUCCCAAGGGUGUGCUGCUCUUUGGUCCACCGGGCACAGGCAAGACACUCUGUGCUCGAGCAGUUGCUAAUAGGACUGAUGCUUGCUUCAUUCGCGUUAUUGGAUCCGAACUUGUACAGAAAUAUGUUGGUGAGGGGGCUCGAAUGGUUCGUGAGCUCUUUGAAAUGGCCAGAACAAAAAAAGCCUGCCUUAUCUUCUUUGACGAAAUUGAUGCUAUUGGAGGGGCUAGGUUUGAUGAUGGUGCUGGAGGUGACAAUGAAGUGCAGAGAACAAUGUUGGAACUAAUCAAUCAGCUGGAUGGGUUUGAUCCUCGAGGCAAUAUUAAAGUGCUAAUGGCAACUAAUAGACCUGACACUUUGGAUCCAGCACUGAUGAGGCCAGGGAGGCUGGACAGAAAGAUUGAAUUUAGUUUACCUGAUUUAGAGGGUCGGACUCACAUCUUUAAGAUUCAUGCUCGUUCAAUGAGUGUUGAGAGAGAUAUCAGGUUUGAAUUGUUAGCACGACUCUGUCCAAAUAGCACUGGUGCUGAGAUUAGGAGCGUCUGCACAGAAGCUGGUAUGUUUGCAAUCAGAGCACGGCGAAAAAUUGCUACUGAGAAGGAUUUCUUAGAAGCUGUAAAUAAGGUUAUUAAGUCUUAUGCCAAAUUCAGUGCUACUCCUCGCUACAUGACAUACAACUGAGCCCUGAGGGCCUUCAAAGGAAAACACUUCUUUUAAUUGGAAUCUUAACCUUAUAUAGACUUGUUAAUAACCAGUUGACAAAAAAAAAUAAAUGGCUUCAAAAUUAUAUACUUUUUCCUAGAUCUCCUUUCUCUGUCAUGUAAUAAAGGUGAUAUCUAAUGU